AUGAGGACUAAAUUACCAGUUUCUGCAUGGGGACAUGCUAUUUUGCACGCAGCGGCUUUAGUCCGACUUCGACCAACUGCUAGCCAUCAAUACUCCCCUCUACAACUUGUCUUGGGGAAGCAACCAGAUAUUUCGCACUUACUUGUCUUUGGUUGUGUUGUUUAUGUGCCUAUUGCACCACCACAACGCACUAAAUUCGGUCAACAACGUCGCCUUGGUAUUUAUGUUGGUUUUGAUUCACCGUCUAUUAUAAGGUAUUUAGAGCCUUUAACAGGUGAUGUCUUUACAGCCAGAUUUGCAGAUUGUCAUUUCGAUGAGACACUUUACCCGCCGUUAGGGGGAGAUGAUAAGCCGUCAAAAGAACGGCGUGAAAUAUCUUGGUACACACCAAGUCUGUCUCAGCUUGACCCUUGCACUAAUCAAUCUGAACUUGAGGUGCAAAAGAUUAUACAUCUGCAAAAUAUUGCAAACCAAAUGCCUGAUGCAUUUACUGAUACUUAG